UAUUCAUAAUGUCUAAACCCGGUGCUUUGGAUCAAAUAUUAAUGGAAGACAUUGCCCGUCAUUGUCCACAGCAAUUUUUAGCAUUCCACCAAUGUAUGUCCAAGCCGAAUCCAGAUGCCAAUGAGUGCAAUGCCGAACAACAAAAGCUUACUCAGUGUAUCAGAUACGAUGUGCCAGCUUUUCAAAGAAUCCAAGGAGUGUGUGCUGGGAAAUUGCAAGGUUAUGAUGCAUGUUUGAAAAUGAAUAAGUCUGAUGCUUCUAAAUGUACACAAGAUCUACAAGAACUAAGAAAUUGUGCAACUAAUACGUUAACUUGAAUGGCUGUAUAUAUUUUUAUAUUAUCUAAUUUG